GCCUGGAAAAUCCGGCGUUAAUGCCUGGCCAGUGCAUCUGGGAGAUGAGAUGAGAUAACCAGGUUGCAGAGCAGUUGUUUUCGGGUGUGACCAUCCCUCCACUAACCUCGCAACCUUUUCAGCUUUAGCAAGUGCUGGUCCCUCCCCCCAUCCCCACCACCAGGCCUUGUGCCUUUCACCUUUCGAGACUCUCUGUCCAAGUCCUUGUAACCUUGUCAUGUGUGUUUAUUAGCUUAGAAGCGAUCGAUAUCAAUCGUGUAUAUAUAAUAUACAAGGCGUGCCUUCGAUCGAGCUCUCCAAGAUGCUGUCGAGGCUGUUGCCGAGUUACAACAGAGGAAGGCGGCUUCUUGCCAACUGAGCUCGUGUGCGCGUGAUCUCGGAGAAGUCAGGUCGACGGUUUCUUGCCGGUCCAGCAAGUGAUACCGACCUGUUCUGACCCUGGCUAUGUGGGGCGUGCUGUCCCUUGUGCGGCGAGGCAUGCGGCGGCGGCGGCGGCGGGCCGCGCGCGUGGUGGACGAGAGCGCGCUCGGCGACGGCGCGGCGGCCGCGGCCGCUGGCGACGUGGCGCACGCGCCAGCGGCGCCGGGCGUGCUGGCCAGGGCGCUCCUGGCGAUGGCAUGCGGCGCCGUCCGCCUGGACGGCGACGGGGCGGAGGAGGCGUGGGCGGCGAGAGGAUGGCGCCCCGCGCGCGCGGCCGACGAGGUCAGCCACCUCAUGGUGCGCGAGAGCUUGCGCUACGCCAUCUACGCCUAGGCCCGUGCUACUGCUCGCUCGCCGUGCGCAUGUGUAUAUGCAGGAGAGGGAUCCAUGUAACCAUGUUCAUGUCGUGAUUAUCUUUAUCUUAACUAAUCCAGAUCGAGCAAUCAAGGGCCCUCCCCUUUCUAUCA